UCUCUGGUCCGCUCUAAGUUAUUUCCCGAGCUGGAGAGUCGGACCCCUGAGGAGCCUCCUCUGGAGAUCAAAGAUCCCCUACCUGAGAAACUACGCAACUCUGUGGUAAGAUCAAGGAUGCGUCCCAAAUAGCACGCAGUUCACUAUAUAGUGCACUACAUUUAAGUAGUGCACUAUGUAGGGAAAAGGAUGCCAUUUGGGACGCAGACCGAUACAUUCCUCCAUCAUUGUCAUAUACACUGAGCGACAGACUGAACAGGUGAAAGCUAUGAUCCCUUAUUGAAGUCACCUGUUAAAUCCACUUCAAUCAGUGUAGAUGAAUGGGAGGAGACAGGUUAAAGAAGACAUGGGCCAGUAUCCCUGUGGAACGCUUUCAACAUAUUUUAUAGUCCAUGCCCCAACGAAUUGAGGCUGUUCUGAGGGCAAAGGGGGUGCAAUUCAAUAUUAGGAAGGUGUUCCUAAUGGUUUGUCCACUCAGUGUAUAUAAUAUAAAUGCCUGAAUCCUGUUGGUGUUCUGAGGUUUAAAAAACAUUCUUUGUCUCUCUCUCUCUCUGUCUGGCUUUUACAGAAAGAGAUUUUCCACUCGGACCUGGUCAUGUGUCCUCUCAUUGCUGUCAUCACGUUUGCCAUCAGUGCCAGCACCGUGUUCAUCGCUCUGCAGGUCAGUCAACUCACCUGGUCGACUGGAGAUGGAAGAUAUGACGUUUCAAUGUAUAGAGGGAGUCCUUCUGAUUUGCUGUGACACUCCCCAGUGAGUGUGUGUGAUAUUUGAAACCUCCUCUACCUCCUCUCCCCUCCAGCCUGCUCUUAGUUAUAUCCUGUACAUGGUGGCCGGGGUGGUGGGCUUCCUCACACACUACCUGUUGCCUCAGCUCCGCAAGCAGCUGCCCUGGUUCUGCCUGGCCCACCCCGUGCUACGCUCCCGAGAGUACAGCCAGUUUGAGGUCCGCGGUGAGUAGCAACCCGUCACCCCCUAAACACACACAUUCACACAUUCUUAAGAAUUGUGUCAAGGCCUAAGGUUUGUCACUGAUUGUGUGCUGUGCCCUGUCCAUCCCAGAUGCCGCCCAGCUGAUGUGGUUUGAGAAGCUAUAUGCGUGGCUGCAGUGUGUGGAGAAGUAUGUCAUCUAUCCGGCUGUAGUGCUCAACUCCCUCACUACAGAGGCCCAGCGCGUCAGCCUGAAACCCAAGGAGCUGGACAUCUAGUAAGCAGCCCAGCCAUCCCGUUUGACCCCUACCAACCUCGCCACACAUUCCCCUCCCUUUUUCAUCCCAUAUAUCCAGCCAAUCAGAGUUGAGUGUAUGUUUAGUGAGACUACGCUUUGUAUUUGCGCCAUUAAUGUGUUUUGAUGCCCCCUCCUCUCGGUCUCUCCCUUCCUCCAGCGGCCGUGCUCUCUUCAUCUCUCUGGCGGGGAUGAAGCUGCUGCGCUCGUCAUUCUGCGCCCCGUCUCUGCAGUACGUCACGCUGUCCUUCACCGCCCUCUUCUUCCUCUUCGACUACCCCCACUUCUCAGAGACCUUCCUGAUCGACUACUUCUUCAUGUCCAUCCUCUUCAGCAAGGUACAGAAUACUCCUCCCUAGGAUUUGGUUUUGCACAAAUUCAACCAAAUUAAAGCACCUGCACAUACUUAACUGUAUUUAUACUGAACAAAAAUAUAAACGCAACAUGUAACAAUUUAAAAGAUUUUACUGAGUUACAGUUCAUAUAAGGAAAUCGGUCAAUUGAAAUAAAUUCAUUAGGCCCUAAUCUAUGGAUUUCACAUGACUGGGCAGGGGUGCAGCCAGGGGUGGGCCUGGGAGGGCAUAGGCCCACCCACUUGGCAGUCAGGCCCAGCCAAUCAGAAUGAGUAUUUCCCCACAAAAGGGCUUCAUUACAGACAAAAUACUCCUCAGCACCCCUCCACCCCCCUCAGACGAUCCCACAGGUGAAGAAGUCGGAUGUGGAGGUCCUGGGCUGGCGUGGUUACACGUGGUCUGCAGUUGUGAGGCCGGUUGGACGUACUGCCAAAUACUCUAAAACGACGUUGGAGGCAGCUUAUGCUAGUGAAAUUAAUAUUCAAUUAUCUGGCAACAGCUCUGGUGGACAUUCCUGCAGUCAGCAUGCCUAUUGCACGCUCCCUCAAAACUUGAAACAUCUGUGGCAUUGUGUUGUGUGACAAAACUGCACAUUUUAAAGUUGCCUUUUAUUGUCCCCAGCACAAGGUGCACAUAUGUAAUGAUCAUGCUCUUUAAUCCGCUUCUUGAUAUGCUAUACCUGUCUGGUGGAUGGAUUAUCUUGGCAAAGGAGAAAUGCUCAAUAACAGGGAUAUAAAAAAACAUUUGAGAGAAAUAUGCUUUUUGUGCGUAUGGAAAAUGUAUCAGAUGUAUUUUUAUUCAGCUCAUGAAACAUGGGACCAACACUUUACAUGUUGCGUUUAUAUUUUUGUUCAGUGUAGUUGUAUACUCUGACCUUAAAGGGAAAUGUCACCAUUUUUAUACGUCAUAUUCAUGAUCAUCAGCACCACCCCAACAUCGACAUAAACAGUAUGUGAAAAUGGAGUGUUUCUAUGUUUUUAGUAAAAAAAAGAUAGAGGAAGAACAAUGUUUCCAAUGACAUCAUCAACCAAUUAGUAGACAAUUAGUAGGCAAUACCUACUCACAAUUGGUUAAAAUCACAUGAUGCACACCGAUGUCAUUGGAAACACUUAUCUUCCUCUAUCUUUUUAAAUGAAAAACAUAAACGCGCCAUUAUCACAUACAGCAUGUUGAUGUUCGGGUGGUGCUGGAGAUGAUGAAUGAGGUUGAAAUAUUGUGAAAUGUCCCUUUAAGUAAUUUCUAGCUAUGCAAGAACGUUACAUUGAGAAAUGACUGGAUUCAGGUGUUUGAUUGCUGACAGUAGAUUGUAUGGUUUCUCUUUACAGCUCUGGGACCUGCUCUACAAGCUGCGUUUUGUCCUCACCUACAUCGCGCCCUGGCAGAUCACCUGGGGCUCCGCUUUCCACGCCUUCGCCCAACCCUUCGCUGUGCCCCGUAUCCUGGCACUGUGAUCAGUAGAAAACUGUUGGAUAGACUACAUCCCUGUUAAACAAAGUUCUUUCUGCACUCCCAGUUGCUCAUUUGCCAGUGAAAUAAAGUGUGUAAUAACACUGCAUGCUGUGUGCAUUGGAUGUCCUGUAUGUUAGUGUUGUCUGUUGGAGCUCCUUAACCUGUCUCUCAGACUCAGCCAUGCUGUUUGUCCAGGCCGUGUUCUCUGCUCUCUUCUCCACCCCCCUCAACCCUGUCCUGGGCAGUGCUGUGUUCGUCACCUCCUACACCAGGCCUGUCAAGUUCUGGGAGAGAGACUACAAGUGAGUUCUUUACUUUCCAGGAGUCCGAGCGAUGUAUUCACUAGGAACCAAACAGAAGCAAACGAAACGGGGAGGGACCUACCUAAAUGUGUCCAAAAUAAACUCUUGUUUUCGUUGCAAAAAGUUUUCUGUUUAGAUUAAACUGUUACCGUUGCAAAUGUUUUGGACUAAUGAUUACACUCCAUGACUCCAGCAAUUGCUGUGCUUUUGUUGCAGUUCAGAGGUCAAUGUUAAAACCAGAUUAUGGAGAUAAUUGCUAGGUGCAGUGAAAGCUAGCAAACUGCAUUACCGUUUUACACCGUCACCACCUGUCUUAUGAAAAGUACACUUUCCAGGAGUUUCUAUAGCCUCUGUCGCCCAGUUAACAUAAUAUCCGUCUUUCCAGCACCAAGCGGGUUGAUCACUCCAACACGCGACUGGCCACCCAGCUGGACCGCAACCCAGGUCAGCUACCACAGUCUUCCUUCCCCUCAUCUAACGCAAGUCAUCAUUCUUUAAAACGACUCUGCCCUCAUGCCUGUGGUCUCCUCUCUUCCAGGUGCUGAUGACAACAACCUGAACUCCAUCUUCUAUGAGCACCUGACACGCUCUCUGCAGCACAGCCUGUGUGGUGAUCUGCUGUUGGGCCGCUGGGGAAACUACACCACAGGAGACUGCUUCAUCCUGGCCUCCGACUACCUCAACGCCCUGGUGCACAUCAUCGAGAUCGGCAACGGCCUGGUCACCUUCCAGCUGAGGGGGCUGGAGUUCAGGGGUGAGGAGGGAGAGAGGGAGGGGGUUUGGGGUAGAAUGAACUUUUAUGGAACUUAGUUCAAUGUGGUAGUUGUCCCUCCCUCAUCCCCCUCCCCCGGUGUCUCUCCCCCAGGUACGUACUGCCAGCAGCGGGAGGUGGAGGCCAUCACUGAGGGGGUGGAGGAGGACGAGGGCUGCUGCUGCUGUGAGCCAGGCCACCUGCCCCACAUGCUCUCCUUCAACGCAGCGUUCGGCCAGCGCUGGCUGGCCUGGGAGGUGGCUGCCACCAAGUACGUCCUGGAGGGCUACAGCAUCAGCGACAACAACGCCGCCUCCAUGCUGCAAGUGUUCGACCUGCGCAAGAUCCUCAUCACCUACUACGUCAAGGUGUAUGAUCCAUACUGACCUUAUAGUUAACUGUAAAAUGAGAUACAAUAACAUGUUAUUUGAACAGUAGAUGGCCUGGUCUGUAACAAGUGUUUCCUCUUCCAUAGAGCAUCAUCUUCUACGUGAGUCGCUCUCCUAAACUGGAGGAGUGGCUGUCCAAUGAGACGGUGCAGGAGGCGCUGCGGCCCUGCCUGGGACCCGCAUACGUGGACAGUGACCCGACUUUCAACCUGAACAUAGACGAGGACUACGACCACAGGGCCUCUGGCGUCACCCCCACUGCCUUCUGUAUGGUCUACCUGGACUGGAUCCAGUACUGCAACAGCAGACGGCAGACGGUCAGUGUUCCUUGUCAUGUUAUUGUUGUGUAGCUGUCAAUUCACGUGUUUUUUUUUUAACCAGAACUUCCCAUAGCUAUGUCAUUAGUGUUAUCAGCAGACUAGCUUAAUGAAAUGCUUCGUGUGUUGUGUUGUAGCCGGUGGAGGACAGCGAGAGGGAUUCUCCUCUGGUCACCCUGUGUUUUGGCCUCUGUAUCCUGGGGAGACGGGCUCUGGGCACAGCCUCCCACAGCAUGUCAGCCAGGUAAGACCCAGGGCCAAACUGUCUGUCUGCUCGCUAACUGAAGGGAGCAUGUAAUAUGUCUCUAUGAUAGCGUAUACCAAAGGUGACUAUCUGUAUGUUUGUGCCCUGCCUGUCAGCUUGGAGCCUUUCCUGUACGGCCUCCACGCCCUCUUCAAGGGGGACUUCCGCAUCACCUCUCCCAGGGAUGAGUGGGUGUUUGCGGACAUGGACCUGCUGAACAGGGUGGUGGCCCCCGGGGUGCGCAUGUCCCUCAAACUGCACCAGGUAAGACAUAUCAUAUGGGCAUGACUCAUUACAGACAGUAUGGUGGUCAACAGAUCUGAGUGUAAUCAACUUAAUGACAUCGAGGUAAUCACCCACACUAAGGGUGCGUUCGUAAAUUCACUCUGGAGUGUCAGAGUGCGCACUGGGCUGUUCGUAAUUUCAAAGCGUUGUCAGAUUGUCCUUUCGUAAAUUCAGAGCGUUUCCCUCUCGCAACGGCAGUCAAGCACCCAAGCUAACUGGCUAAAGUUGGCUAGCUUUCUAGCUACUUCCAGACACAACGGAGAGAACACCUCACUCUGACCAUUUUACUCACCCUAGCAGAGGUGGUUAUACUUUUUUCAUGUUAUCCCAAGGGUUAAUGUCUGCAACUGUGUUAAUGGCAACAAUUGUAUUCUGUUUGUUAGCCAGUGUUUACUGACACCAGGUAUAACCAACCAAUUGUUUGUAACUUGACCAAUUUCACUCUCAAACCAGAGUACUCUGAACUCGGAGUAGAAUGCCAGAGCAAAUUUACGAGCGCACCCUAAGAAUUGACCGAUAUUAGAGACAGUAUGGUGGACAGAUCUGAGACUAAGAAGCUUAAUGAUGACGUCGCUCACACUAAGCCUGUACCCUCUCCGACCCUACCCCCCAACAGGACCACUUCACGUCUCCAGACGAGUACGAGGACCCGGUGGUUCUGUACGACGCCAUCACAGCCAACGAGGAGAAGAUGUUGAUCAGCCACGAGGGCGACCCGGUGUGGCGCAGCGCCAUCCUGGCCAACAUGCCCUCGCUGCUGGCCCUGCGCCACGUCAUGGACGACGGCAGCGACGAGUACAAGAUCAUCAUGCUCAACAAGAGGUUCCUCAGCUUCAGGGUGAUCAAGGUGAACAGGGAGUGCGUGCGUGGCCUGUGGGCAGGCCAGCAGCAGGAGCUGGUGUUCCUGCGGAACCGGAACCCGGAGCGCGGCAGCAUCCAGAACGCCAAGCAGGCCCUGAGGAACAUGAUCAACUCGUCAUGUGACCAGCCCAUCGGCUACCCCAUCUACGUGUCGCCCCUCACCACCUCCUACGCAGGGGGGCACACCCAGCUCCGCUCCGUCUGGGGGGGGCCUGUCAGCCCCCAUAACAUCUACACCUGGCUCAUCAGCAGCUGGGACAGGUACACUUGCAGUACUCAGCCUGCAGUAGCCAUGCUAGGGCUGAUACCUACACCACACACAACCAAAGUUCACAUACUAUCACACAUAUGCCAUACUCUAAUGUUCUCUCGCUCUCUCUCACACACUCACACUGACCGUGUGUGACGACUGUUUAACUCCCUCUGUGUGUCUCCUGCAGGUUACAGAAGGGCUGUGGAGCUGGCUGCAACAGUGGGGGGAACAUCGAGGACUCCGACUGCGGCGGCGGCUCCACCUCCAUCUCCAACAACCCAGCGACUCACACCACCCAGAGCACCCCGGCCUCCAGCCUGCCCCUUCCCCAGCCCCACUUCACCUCCAUCCACCCCCCCAUGGGUGAGCCCAGGACCCCACCACUCACUACGACCUCUAAUGAUGUCCAAUGUUCAGCUGCAGCUGGCUAUGAUAACAAUAGUCACUAGUGUCAGUAUGCUGGUAACACAGCCAUGGAGCAGUUUGUGUAAUGAUCUGUAUCAAAUGCCUCUCUUUGUCACCGUAGGAACUGACAACCCUGUGGGCCCCACCCCAACCUGGCCCCACCACCCUCAGCCUCUCCCCUUGGCCCUGCUCAGCCAAUCAGAGGGCAGGAUGGAUGCUGGGCUGGUCACCUCCCUUCACCGGACCUCGUCCAUCCAGGGCCUCCUGGGCCAGCACCUGUCCAGCUCCCAGCUGUCCUUCAGUAGCUCUGUGGCCAUGCCUCCCCUGCCCGGCCCCGAGCGCUUCUGCCCAGGCUUCCUGGAUGGGGGGCACAGAGGGUCCGGACGGACAGGACUGGGACAUGGCAUGGGACAGGGCAGCGGGCUGCCCUACGAGGGACUCUACGGGAAGUGGAGCCUGUCUGGCAGGAAGGGCUUCAACGGGCCAGCCGCAGCUGAGAGCGACAGUGGAGGGUCUCCGUGCAUACGGACACAGGUGAGGAUGGUAAAACAACCUAGUGUGUGUAGGAAGCUAGAGCAUAUUUACAUUUACAUUUUAGUCAUUUAGCAGACGCUCUUAUCCAGAGCGACUUACAGUUAGCACAUACAUUAUUUUAUCGAACCCACAACCCUGGCGUUGCAAACGCCAUGCUCUACCAACUGAGCUACAUCCCCUGCCGGCCAUUCCCUCCCCUACCCUGGACAACGCUGGGCCAAUUGUGCGUCGCCCCAUGGGUCUCCCGGUCGCAGCCGGCUACGACAGAGCCUGGAUUCGAACCAGGAUCUCUGGUGGCACAGCUAGCACUGCGAUGCAGUGCCUUAGACCACUGCGCCACUCGGGAGACUAGCAUAGCGUGACUGUCUUUAUGAACUAGGGCUGUCCCCGACUAAAAAGCUCAUAGAUUGGGCGAAAUGUUUAAACAUGUAUUUUUCCAUAUAUAGACACACCCGAUGUGUUUUAAUAAAAUCAACUAUAUGUAGGAUACUGAGCUUGUCUGAUGCUUUAAGCACACUGUGAUUCAAUAAUUAAGACACACAAAUGACUCGAGGGAGCCAGAGAUCAACCUUACCAGAAGAAUUUUAAAAAACUGUUGCCGACCCUCUUCCUCCCGCUACUGCUGGCCUUCAGAGAUUCUGCUGUUACGCUCCUGCUGUUACGCUCCUGCUGUUACGCUCCUGCUGUUACGCUCCUGCUGUUACGCUCCUGCUGUUACGCUCCUGCUGUUACGCUCCUGCUGUUACGCUCCUGCUGUUACGCUCCUGCAGUUACGCUCCUGCUGUUACGCUCCUGCUGUUACGCUCCUGCUGUUACGCUCCUGCUGUUACGCUCCUGCAGUUACGCUCCUGCAGUUACGCUCCUGCUGUUACGCUCCUGCAGUUACGCUCCUGCAGUUACGCUCCUGCAGUUACGCUCCUGCUGUUAAACUCCUGCUGUUAAACUCCUGCUGUUACGCUCCUAAUAGGUUACACCAGGGGUCGGCAACCUUUUCCAUUUGGAGUUCCGAUUUAUCUUACCCUUUCUACCGAUCUGCGUGCCAGUUGUGAUUUUUAUAUGCACAUUUUCGUGGAACAGUUUCAUUUCAUUUAGAAUAAAGUCUUCGCAUCUCAAAAUCAUGAUCAUGUGGUUAAUCAGAAUUCUAAAAGUAACUUCUAUUGCCAACUAUGUAAAAAUAGCUGACAUAAAACCAACUAAUAACAACAUUGCAGCCUGCAGGUAGAAAAUAUCCUGAUAAAUAUCCUAUAAAUCACAUUGGCUAUGCAUGGACUGAAGGAACUUGAAACAUUGUAUCAACUAUUAACUUGGGUCUGGCCUGAAGCUGCUUCUAGCAAACUUGCAACAUUGUAUAAAAUAUUCUGGGCCCUCAGUUUCCCGCACCAGUGAGCUCCAGACAGACAGACACAGCUGUAGGCUAUUUUGCGCAAGGGAUAAGAAGUAAUCAGGUAGGCCUAUUUUAUGACGUAUCCACCGGAUCAGAGCAUGACAUUUUUUUUCUCCUUUCAUGCUGAGUGGUAAUCGAAAGGGAGCUGGAAAGAAUUUUCAAAUAGGCUACAUUGAGGAACUAUUUUCAUUCUCAGUGGAUGUAAAAACAGACUUUCUUUACUUGCUGUUUGAGGCGAAGAAAAAAUGACUUUGAGAAGUUCCACAGUGGUGGUGAGUUAAGACAAUCAGAAAUAGUAUUUGUAUUUAUUAUGGAUCCCCAUUAGCUGCAGCAGCUACUCUUCCUGGGGUCCGGCAAAAUGAAGGCAGUGAAACAAUUUGAAAAACAUUACAAUACAUUCAUUACAGAAUUCACAACACACUAAGUGGGUGCCCUCAGGCCUACAACACAAAAUCCAUGUGAACGUGUGUGUAUAGUGCGUAUGUUAUCGUGUAUGGAUGCAUGUGUCUGUGCCUGGGUUUAUCAGAUCCCCACAUGGGGACAUUUCUAGGCCUACAUUUGCUCGCAGGCCAGGUAGCCUAGGCCUACUUCUAUGUAUAAUCAGGUGUGCGUCCUUACUCAACAUUGACAGGAGCGCUACAAACUCCUAAAUGGAAUGGAAUAAACCAGAACCUCCUCACAAGUGUAGCCUAGGUUUUGCAGUCCGCAAACAACAGGUCCACUCCGACAAUGAGAACGGUAAAAGACGAAUAAUAAUAUAUUGAAUGCAUUAACAGAAAUGACCGUAACCAAACAAACAUUGUAGAUUAGAAAUGAUGGGAAUUAAAGGUAAAUGUACUGCAGGUGAUACUGGUGUUCCGCGGCCUCCGCAAUGGACUAGUCCACUGAGACAGGCGUGAAUCAGACAGGUGUCUCAUGUGCCAUAAAAAAAUAUAUAUUUUAGACUGCUCGACUAAAGAAAUCUCGGUCGACCAACAGCCUAUCGACCAAACUAAAUGGGGUCAGCCCUAUUAUGAACACAUGAGAAUAAUGCAACUGCAGUACAGUCCCUCCUACUCAAGGAUGUUAUGGUUUUGAGAUUAACUGGUGAUUAACAUGAUGGUAGUUUGUUGCAGUGGAAACUCCAUAGAGGUUUCAUUAAUUGAGGCUAUUUACAUUUGUCACUCUGUGUUCUAGUCUACUCCACCUGCAGCCCUGCCUGAGCCCAGCCCAACCCAGGACCCACUGGGCGUUACCCAGUCCACUGAGACCACGCCCCUCACUGCAGGGGAUCCCCUCAGCCCCGCCCCCCGGGAGGAGACCACAGAGCUGCCUUUACUUGAGCAUCUGGAC